UGAGGAGGUUGAAAUUAUUGAAACAGGGUAUAAAAGAGGUUUUGAAUCAAAUACAUUAUUAGUAGUUAGAAGAAUAAAAAAACAUAGUAUCCAAUCUCAAGAUAUACUAGAAAUUCUAAAAAAAAAUAUAUCAAAUAUAAAUGAUAAUGAAGACAAUAAAGGUAAUCAUUCAACAAACCAAAGCAUUAUUCUUCCAGAAAAAAAAUCUCAUAAAAGACCUAGUGAAGAUACUUCUAAAAAUAAAUU